UUUAGUUUUUUUUUUUUAUACCGUAGCCUGACUAGAAAAUGGAUGCUUCCUACUGUAGCUGAGUUUGUCCGGGGAGGUUGCAACUUCCUAUCGCGUAAAAGCAAAGUCCCAUUGACGGACACGAAUCUUUCCCAUCGGUUCGCUGUGAGGACAUGAGGCUGACAGAGGGGGGAACAAAGCGAUGAGCAGCUUGUCGCUGCUGGGGUUAGCUGGAUGCUAGCUGGCUAACGCUAGCAGUCGCCGGGCUAGGCUAGCACGACAACAACAAGCACAGCUCUCCAACAGAACAAGCACGCUUCUCCGGCCCGGCCGAAUGGAAGUGGUAUAAGUCGGGGGGAGCGGCCACACCUUGAGGUAUGGCCUGGGUUUGAUCUGGACGGAGCUGGUGAUGGCAGACGGGACAGACACUGUCGAAAUGCCCUCCUUUGACCCAAGUCCUUAUUCUGAAGCAAAAAAGAGACCGACUUCUUCUGAUGGCAGAGACGAGCCCAUGAGGAAAAUGCCUGUGUCAAAAUUUGGUUCCAGGCCUCGAUUUGAGCCUGUUCACUUUGUCAGUGGUGGAAGCAGCGGAGGAGCUGGCACCGAUGAGAAGGAGAACGACAAGGAGCGCCGGAGGAGUGAGUCAUACGGGAUGAGACAGUGGGACUCUGAGCACUCUUCCUACAGCAGCACCAGCCGAGCACAGGGCUCCUCCUCCCUGAGGUCUGCUUUUGACAGAGUGUCAUCAUACAGUUCUGACUCUUGGGGUUCCCACAGAGACAGAGACCGGGAGACUUCCUCGGUUAGUACAAGUGGCUUAGGUUACGGAGGACGUGGAUCGGCUGCAAACUUCAUGGCAAAAUCGCAGCAGGACUACACAGUCAAGUAUGAAACCCACUCCGCUCGAAAUUCAGACUGCUAUUCUCAGCCCCAAAGGUAUAAUGGAUAUGGGGGAGCGGGCAGAUCAGGAGGCUGGGAUUCAGGACGUCAGGGUUUGGGGUAUGGCUACCAAGACCGUCCGUCAUCAAGCAGGCCGUUCAGCAGAGUGUACAACAGCCCAGGGCAGAGCAGUCCUACCACGUCUCAGUUGAGCUCUUCAUCACAGCCUAUCCCUAUAUCUCAGCCAACAUUAGAUGACAAGCAAAGGCUGAUUGCCAGCGUAGCAUCUGCGUUGGCUAUUGCUUGUAGGGACCCGAUGUAUAUGACCGGAAGUGACUCGCCAAACUAUAAUUUCAUGUUGAGCCGCAGCAUUCAGGCCUGCAAGACUAACCCGGAGUAUAUUUAUGUCAACCUGAAGGACAUUCCUCAGGCUGAUCUGCCGAAGAACAGGAAAGUACCAACAGACGGUUACGCUUGUGAACUGAGAUGUCAGGGUGUGUAUCUCGCUACCGGAUACUCUGGCAGUAAAAACGGAGCGAGGGACCGAGCCUCGGAGCAGGCUGUAAAACUCUUCGUGAAACCAGUCGAAGUCCGCGUUGCGCAGCGCAAAUUUAGACAUUCAACUGUCAAUGACAUAGUUGUUUGCCAGAUGCAUGGCCCAACCCCGGCCUUUUUACCUGCACUCCGAAACCCAGAGGAUAAACCAACGCCCAGCUCUAAAGGCCAAUACGAGCCUGACAAACGGAAGCACUGGACGGAGUUUGUGGUCAUGGACAAUGCCCACGACGCCAUCUGCAUACUCAACAACUCUGCCGCUUUUAAUCGCAUGAAGAUCGACUACAAGUUUGACAUCCUCCCCAAUAACACUGCUUGGCUGUGCAGCGUCUUUCUGCAGGAUGAGCUGGUGGCACAGGCAUCAGGCACAAAAAAGAGCUCAAAGCAUGCAGCAGCUUCAGAGGCAGUGAGGAAACUUCGCAUGAACCAGGCGCAAAGGCAGCAGCAGCAGCAGCAACAACAACAACAGCAGCAUCACCAACAACCACAACAACAACAACAGCAACCACAAUACUCCAGAGGAAAUAACCAAUCAGAUUCUGGUGGACGCUUUGGGCAUCAGGGUGUCAGAAAGAAGCAUCUGAGCGAGUUGGUUAUCCUGGAAAACUCUGACAAUGCUAUCUGCAUCAUUAAUGACACAGCACAAUUUAAUAAGGUAACUGCUGAUUACAAGUUCACCGUUCUGCCUGAUCAUCGCUGGAGAUGUGAAGUUUACUUAGAAGGACAGUAUGUGGCAGCAGGACUUGGUCCCAAGAAAAUAGUGAAGCACAUUGCAGCAACUGAGGCUCUGGCCACUUUGAAGCAGACCCAGGCCGUGGUCAAAUCCAACCUGCGAAAGGAGGGCCACUGCGAUGCCAUAUCCCGUUCCCAGAUCCUGGCUCGCUCUGGUGAAGAGGCCACGAGACAAGAGAUAAAAGAGGACAACAUCGGCAACCAGCUGCUCCGCAAGAUGGGCUGGAAAGGCGGCGGUCUGGGCCGAGACGGUGAAGGCAUCGCAGAACCAAUCAGAGUGAAGGAGCAGUUUUCUAGGGAAGGUUUGGGCAUGGACAUGGAGAAAGCAGGAAAUCAACUAAGCAAGCGCGACAUCGAGGACAUCAUUCGCAACUACGCCAGCUCAGACCGCCAGGACGAUCUCCGCUUCUCCACUGACCUCACCAACGACGAACGCAAACAGAUCCACCAGAUAUCUCAGAAAUACGGCCUACGAAGCAAGUCGUACGGACAGGGGCGGCUGCGGUUCCUUAUCGUCAGUCGCAAAGUACACAAAGACCAGCUCAUUGGCCAACUUUUACAGGAAGGACAGGUGGGGCGAUAUGAGCUCGUGAAACCUCAGGCCUCGCACUAAUUUGCAUGCAAAGCAAAAUGGCGGGGGGAAAACGGCAACAAUUUGUCAUUGACCUGGACUUCAGAGCAAAUCACAUUCAAGUGUAACUGAUUAGUUUAUACUUGUGUGGUGACAAAUCCACAUCACUCAUGAUCAAGUGAGAAUCUUUUUCAGGUAUCACCAGUGGUUUCUGCAUUCCUUUGCCAUGAAAUGUGUUUUAGCUUUAGCAGGAGCUGUAGGAUGAAUAAUGUCUUCUUUUUUUAUCUCCUGCAUUCCACGUCCUUUAUUUGUUUCACUUUUGCACAAGCUUGUGUUCAGUGCUUUGGUAUCAUGCCUCGAUGAUGCUCCAUUUAUUUCAGGAAUUUAAAAAAAAUUACUACAAGGAUUUUGUCACCCAAAUUGUUUUUUUGGUUCUGUUUCAUGGCUAUUUAAGGAACCUGGCAGAAUAUGCAGCUUUUCACUGCUUGUUUGUGAACACUGUGGCCAGUCGACUCAUGACAGACGGGAUUAGAGAGGCAUUAUCAUCAAACAGUAGCUAGGUUCUCAUACCAGUCUCGCUGUGGUGAUAUCUCUAUUCAGCAAUACCUGCUAUGUUGUUUGCUCUUUCAACACCUGGGGAUCAUUCUACAAGUACAAGCUGCAUCCAUAACAGGGAGAAACCUUCCCAUGGAAACUGUAAGCUGUGAUCUUUGUUAAAUGUCAGAUGUGUUGGUUUGUGUGAGUACAGUUAACCUUGUCUGCUUCUUUUCACAGCUGUAAAAUCUGAAUAAAUUAACUGAUCAACCGGCUGA